AGAACAUUAUUAAAUAUAGAAAUAACUCCUUGGAGAGUCAUCACAUAAUACAUAAAUAAAUUGACCAAUCUGUAAAAAUUAAUUUGGUGAGUUAACAUUAUAUUACCCAAAGAGUUUAUUUCAACUAAGAUCUAUGUAAAAGAGAACUGAUAGCUUUGCCUCAACCAAAUAACAGUAUUUGGCAUUACGAAUUUUUAACAUAAAAUAUCAGGUCAAAAAUUCAUCAAGGGAUAGCAGAGAAAAAGAUGAUUUGUGGUAUAAAUAAUUAAUAUUUUAGCCAGAUUCUUUAGGUGUUUUAUAUAAUAUAUUUUAUAUAUUUUAAAACAAUGAUAAAUUUGUUAUUCCUAACCAACAUAUAUAACUUUAAUAUUUGACCCAUAUCUUACUGGAUUAGCUUGAACUUUCAAAACAAAAUUAAAUGGUUGUGAUGUGGCAGGCAGGAGAGUUACUCUUCUAUUGUGCUUUGAGAUGAGAGUAUCUCUACUGUUUCACCUAUGUUACCAGGUUAUCUGAGAUAAAUAUUCUCAUGAUCAUGAUGUUUUCUUUUUUCAAUAAUAAAAUAAUAAAAUUUUAUUACAAAUUUUAACCAGCUGUUGGCCUGAGUUUAAUCAAUCUGCUAAAUUUUUUUAUUGUGGUAAAAUAUACAUAACAUAAAAUUUGCCAUUUUAAUUAUCUUUAAGUGUACAAUUCAGUGGCAUUAAUGACAUUCGUGAUGUUGUGCAACCAUUGCUACAUCGAUUUCCACAACUUUUCAUCACCACAAAAAGAAACUCACUAAGCAAUAACUCCCAUUCCUGCCUCUGUUGAGCCCCAGCUCAGUUUGAAGUACCAGAUAGAAAUCUUGUGCUUGAUGAAAACCAAGAUUCAAUAUCAAAAACACAAAUGCAAGUAAAGAAACAGAGAACAUCCAAAGGGGAAAGAAACAUUAUUAAUGAUGAUGUACCAGAUAAAAACCUUAUGCUUAAGCAUCAAGACUCAAAGUCAGAAACAGAAAUGCAAGUAAAGAAACAAAAAACUUCCCGAGGUGAAUCAUUCAUUACUCAUGACAACAUAACAGAUGAAAACCCUGUGCUUGAGCCUCAAGAGUCAAUGUCAAAAACCCAACUUCAAGUAAACAAACAAAAAAUUGCUAAAGAGGAAAGAGUCACUAAACUCAAAUUGGUAGAUAAGGUGUUGAGAUCUGUAACUCAAAAGGCAAAUGUGGAUCAAAGGAACAAACUAGAAGGGUUGCCUGAGAGGCCUGUUGGAGGAUCCAUAAGGCAUCCGUUUGGCUGGGACCCACUCGAAGCUUAUGAUAAAGUACCUGGAAAUCAUGAUCCUAAAGACUCAAUGUCAAAAACUCAACUGCAAGUAAAAAAACAAAGAGCUUCCAAAGGGGAAAGAUUCUAUGGUAAGUAUGACAUAUCUGGGAAGAAGUUGCUUUGGCCGAGGUCAAAGAGGUUACUACCUGUUUUCUCCUUUCAGGAUGAAGUACCAGAUGAAAAUAAUUUACCUGAGCAUCAAGACUCAAUGUCAGAAUCAGAAAUUGAAGUGGAGAAACAAAGAAGCCACAAAGGAGAAAGACCUAGUACUCUUAAUGAAGUGCUAGAUGAAAAUCUUAAGCUUAAACAUCAAGACUCAGAGUCAAAAACCCAAGUACAAUUUAAAAAACAAAAAAAAUCCACGGAGGAAAGAAUCAGUACUCAUUUUGGAGUACCAGAUGAAAAUUUAAUGCUUGUGAAUGAAGAUUCAGUGUCACAACCCCAAAUGCAAGUAGAGAAACAAAUAACUUACAUAAAGAAAAGGUGCCAUACUUAUUUUGGCAUACCUGAUGAAAAUCUUAUGUUUGCGAGCCAAGAUUCAGCAUCACAAGUGCAAGUAAAGAAAAAAAUAACUUCCAGAAAGGAAAGACAUAAAACUGAGAAAAUGGAUGAAAAAGCAGGUAAAAAUCUUUCAUCUGAAGAUAAUGAAGUUUUAAUCUCAAAAGGCUCAUCUCAAAUUAAGACACUUGGAGCUACCAGAAAAGUGGGACUUACUAGUAAGUAUAAUUAUUAAAAAUAUUAUUUAAAAUAAAAAAAAUUAUUAAA